AUGGAGAAAUUAAAAACAAGAAGAGCAGCAGCAGGCAGCAGCAGAGAGAAGCCAUUGAUGAAGAUCCCGAAUUCAAUUUGUUUCUUCUCAGAGUUGGAUCAUAAAAUAAACGCAACGGAGCUUCUCGUCCAACUAAGCAAUGGAGAAAGCAACGGCAGCAACAGCACAGAAGAAAGCCAUGGAAAAAGCAGAGCAGCUUCUCCUCCUCCGUCCGAAGAUGAAGAUGAAGAAGGUAGAAUGCGUUUGUGGCGGAGGAAGAAAAGAUUUCGGUCAAUCUCGGAUCUCUACAAGUCGACCGAGCCUCUUAUUGCAGAAAAGGAAACAAAAAGGAAGAGGAGGAGGAAGACGAGCAGGAGUGUGCAGAAGAAUUAA